AUGGCCACUUCAUCUAAACUUGUGGAACUCCAACUUAUACCAUACGACCCCGACAAUCCAAAGCGGCGUGCAACGCCUUCAGAAUGCCAAUCACACCACUUACAGCUGUACGCUCACGCUGGCAGUACGAGCGAGGCCCCACAGUACUCAGAGGCCUCCUCAAUGGCAUCAGGAAGUUUUGUAUCCUCGGAUACCAGCAAGAAAAAGGUCAAAAAGCUGGCUCUGAGUGAUCUGCCCGCAAAUGAUCGUCCGGCUGUGAAAUGGGCGCGGAAGCGUGUGGUGAUGGAUUUACUGACUACGGUUUUGUGGUCGCAAAAUGAAACGGAGCAGGACAUCAUCUAUCUCAACGAGAUAGUUGGUCAAGCUAAUGCAAUGUUUGGGACCAAUAUAGUUUUGACGAAAGACCUCGCCGGUCUGAUCCAUUCAGCCCCUAGGCAAUUCCGUUCCGACCUUAUGCAACUUGUUGACAAGGUGACAAAGGAGUUCAUGCUCGAACCCCCUGUCCCGAUGUCCAAAGAUUGCCGCGCAGCCUAUAUGGCGAACCGCAGAACAGUGCUCUUCGAUUCAUCCGAGGAGAAUUGA